AUAAAAUAAAAAAGUAGCCAAAGAGACUCCACCACCUUGAGCAUCAAACUUUUGCGGAGUCUUUAUAAAGAAGCCAAAGUCUCAUAUGAACCUCCCCUUUUCUUCCUUCUUCCUUUAAUCGUUUUCUACUUUGCUUGCUUUUCUUGGUAUAUGCACGCUUCAAUAAUGGGUCUGUUUGUGGAUGAUCUAUAUUCUGGUAUGAUUGUUACUCAUCUCUUAUACAAAGCAGCUCUUGUAAUUGCUGUUGUGAGAUGGGUUUUGUCUUGGGCUCUCAGACUCAGAAACAGAACCCAGCUUUUGUCAUCCUCUGCCGUUAAUGGCGAUGUGGAUGACGAUAUUAUUGUACAGAGUACUGAUCAGCAGCAUCCUUCUCCUAAUUGUUCUUCUCCUUCUUCUACUUCCUCACAGAUUAUCAGAGACAAUCUCAUACUGACCACCUUCGGAGAUAUCAAGGAAAGACUGCCAAAGAGUUGCCGUUGGGAAACUUGUGCAGUGUGUUUGAACCAGUUGGGGAUGAGAGACGAGGUUAGGGAACUCAGAAACUGUUGCCAUGUUUUCCACAGAGAAUGCCUUGACAGGUGGUUGGAUCAUGAUCAUGAUCAUCAUCACAAAACAUGUCCACUUUGUAGGGCCGCUUUACUUACUCCAUUUCAAUCUCAAUGCUUAAGCUCUGGUGGGGCCAGGUCUCAGCCUAGCUGGGCCGUCGAACGGCUUCUAUAUCUCUUCGGGGACGAUCUGCUUAUCUAAGAUCAUUGUCUUGUUCACCGUCAACCGCUUUCACUACUCCUUUGUUCGGAUCUUUGUAUUAAAGUCUCUAGAGAGUUUUCAUUAUUACAGAUAGGAAAAUCAUAUCUUUAUAUGUAAAUAUAUAUUAUUUAUAUAAAAUAAUUAAUGAUCUCUACCAGUACCACUGCGUAGGCAUGGGAAUUUUGUGGACCAACAUACGGCAAACAAUUAGAAAUUAGAACUAUUAUUGGAGUUUGUGUGUAUAUAUACAAGUAUUUUAAUUUAAUUUAAAAAUCUUUUAUUCA